UUGUGUCCCAUAGCCGGCCUCCCCGUGAUAAAAGUGACCCCCGAGGGGCUGAUCUUCGUGGGCCAGUGGGUGCUGGUGGCGCUGGCCUGCUAUUGGCUGCUGUCCCUGGCCCUGCGGCUGGUGGCGUCCACCCUGCGGCGGGCGGUGUGGCUGCUGAAGCUGGGGGGGGCCCUGGCCUGCUUCGGCCUCAUCCUGAGCGACCACCGGGUGGGCACGGAGACCAUGGCCGCCCGGCUGGCCGUGCUGGUGUGCGUGUGCGUGCUGCUGGGCGUGGGGGGGGGGGGGGGGGGGGGGGGCCCGGCCCCGGGGCGGCGGCCGACAAAACGGCCCGCCUGGAGGAGCAGCUCCGACCCGGACAAAAGCUGA